GAUAAGAGGAAAGCGGAAGCGUCGCUAGCAUUUAGUUUAAUACGGAAACGUCAGCCUUGGCAACACAAUAUUUUUGUUUGUGUGUCCGGUACUUUUACCGUUUACCGACACAACAUUAGCUAGGUCCCGAAACAGAAAGAAUAUAUAUGUUGCUAUAUUGGCACCGAACUACCUCGGCUAAGGUUAUGUAGCCCAUGUAAGCAGCCGCUGCGAGGUGUUUUUUGCUUGACUGGCUGGUGUUUUAAAGUAGCUUGUUUACGUUACACUAAAAGAGUUGUCACUUUCCAGUAAAUGGCCUGCACUUUAGAAAAAGUGCUGGCCGAUGCUCGGACCCUUCUCGAAAGGCUAAAAGAGCACGACACAGCCGCCGAGGGACUGAUAGAGCAGUCCGGGGCCCUGAGUCAGAGAGUACAGAGCAUGAGGGAAGUGGGAAAUGCUCUUCCAGACAAGCACACAGAUGACAGUUCAGAGAUUCAGGAGCUCACGAAAUACAAACCUCAUGUACUUCUGACUCAGGAAAACACUCAAAUCAAGGAACUGCAGCGAGAGAAUAAAGAACUAUGGCUGUCUCUUGAAGAACACCAGUACGCGCUCGAGUUGAUCAUGGGUCGGUAUCGCAAGCAGAUGCUCCAGCUGAUGAUGGCAAAGAAGGAGCUGGACACCAGACCUGUGCUCAGCCUCCAUGAGGACCAUGCCAAAGAAGUGCAGAACCAGGUGGAGCGGAUAUGCGAGAUGGGCCAGGUGAUGAGAAGAGCAGUGCAGGUGGAUGAUCAGCAUUAUUGCUCUGUUCGAGAGAGGCUCGCUCAACUAGAGAUUGAGAACAGGGAGCUGCGAGAUCUCCUGGCCAUCAGCAAGAGCUCUGUGAAGACGAGAGAUGAAACUAACCAGCCACUAGCCACAGGAGAGCAGUCUCCUCUGCCAGAGUCCACCGAGUGACCUGAACCGUGGUUGGGAUGAAUAGAAGAUCUACAGGAGCAGGAGACUUAUCGGUGUCCUCUCCUGUGCUCACCACCACAUUAUUGAUAUUUUUAUUUUAUUUUAUUUUUUUACAUACAAUUAAAUGCAGUCCAUCAUGAAGGGUCUUGGUUAUCACUCGUGACACACACACACACACACACACACACACACACACACACACACACACACACACACACACAUGUACUGGAGCAAUGGCAGUAAAAGCAAAGGGGAUUUCUUUUGUUUUUAGCCAAAGACACUUUUAAUCUCCAAGGAUACAGUUUCUACCUCUUUGGUGCCCCUUUGCUCUUCACACAUACACACACACACACACACACACACACACACAUUCUCACAGUGAGUAAAGCGCUCAUAACCAACCCUCCUUUGAGUUCACUUGAAAUCAAGAAGCCAACUUGUAGUUCACACCAUAUAAGAGGCUGUGUUUGCUGCCAAUACGAGAACUUUUGGCUGUUUUAUAGUUUGCCUGCUGAGGAGUAACAGUGGAACCUUUGUAUCUUAUUGUAAUGUUUUGGGUGUGACAUGUUUGACAGUCUCAACAUAUAUAACAUGGUUUUCAUGUUUUAGUACCUUAAUUCUGUGUUAGACACAAGUUGUACAGUUUCCAGAUUCAGAGUAUUGUGUACCAGCUAAUGGCACAUCUUUAUUAGUGGUACCACUUUCAGUACAUGCCAAGUUUUUUGUGUAAAUCGAUACCACGUUUGUGCACUGUAUGUUGUCAGAAGCUGUAUUUUGUCAUCUCAGGAAAUUGUGUUAUUAAGAUGACUUCAUGACAGUGUACUGAUUUGUGUCAAAUUAAACUUCACUCAGAAAGUUUGCUAUACAAAACA